AUGCAUACGACCACGCUACGGUCCUACGUGGCGUUACACUCACGCUCGCCGUUACAAUCACGUAUCGAGCCGCAGCGCGCAUGCCGCUGCUCGUGCGCCCAAGAAUCGACGCCAUCGCGAAGAUCGCCGCCGAAGGCGGAGAAACGGCUACUCGACAGCGGAGAGCGUCCCACGUCGUUUCUUGGAUGGAGUUCGCCGUGCUCGCGUUUUCUAGAUAAAUCGCAGCCACAGCAUCGCAGCCGUCGCCGUCGCUGUCGCCGGGGAGAAUGGCAGGCGGCUGCGACAGCAGGGAGCGGAGAUCGAUCAGGGGCGGAAAGGGGAGGGGGAAAAAAGGGAGGGGGAGGGGGAAAGGCGGAUGGCGGAUUAGGGUUGGCGUGGAGGGUUGUUGAGGAGCUUCCGGAUGGGCGGAAGCACGAAUUCGCUACAGUGCAGCACUGCGAGGACUUCUGGCUUAUAGUGAGGCACCUGAUGCCAUUGGCGUUCCACACGCCUGCUCCAGGCGCAGGUGGCCCUUCAGGUGCCUCCUCAGGUGAAACGUCAGGUGCCACAUCGGACAGCGACAGCCUGAGUAUUGCGGAGAGGCAGCAGGCGCUGAAGCUGAGGCUGCAACGGAAACACAGAGCAGGAGCAGGUGGGAAGAUCAAUGUUGGUCAUGGGGAAAUGAGGAUGAAUGACGCUUAUGGGAGCAGUACAGGCGGUGAUGGGGUUAGGAGUGAUGAUGGGAGGAGCAAUGGGAGUCAAGUGAAUACUGGCGGUAGUAAUGCUGCCAAGAAGAGAUACGAUUUUGUGCAGUAUCCACUGAUUCGGCUGAUUCACCGCGCUCGGGACUGCUCGCCUGUCACGGAGAAGCAUCUGGGCGGCGUGAGUUUGGAUCUAGUGGCGGAUAUGGCCGGCAAACUCAGCAAACUUACUGACGGCACUGGCAGCAGCAGCAUCACUGCAGUGGCGGCCUCCCAACUGGGGGCCCUGCAUGACGUCAUCCUCACCACUGAGGAACCGGCUGAGAAGCUUCCGGCUUCUGCUGGAGCUGUGGGGGGAGCGGUGGGGAAGAUGAUGGGGGAGAAGGUGGGGGAAGGGGUUGGGGGACUGGGGGGAGCACUGGGGGGAGCGUUGGGGGGAGCGUUGGGGGGAUUGAUGGGGGGAAGGCGGGCUGUUCCUGCUGGUAAGUCGAUGCCGAUGGAGCGAGUGGAGCAGCUUGAGACGUGCCCUUGCCUGCCAGGAAUAGCCCUCCCCGUCAUGUUCAAAGGAGCAGCAGCGCGCUCUAUUCUUCGAGCCAUGGACCACUGCCACGGCAGGCUGCUACUGGACGUGCAGUCGCCUCCCGCUCCUCCCCACCGCCAACAGCAGCAGCCGCAACAGCAACGAAGGCAGCAACAUCUGAAACAGCAGCAGCUGCUGCGGCGGCUUGAGGCUGUAGAAGCCACCAGUUGUGAGGCCAGAUCUGUUCCUCCCUGCAUGGACAGCGAUCGCUGCUUUGCGGCGUACCAUGAGGCGGGGCAUGCCCUUGUUGGGGCGCUGAGUCCGCUUGCUCGGGUGGAGGGGGUGUAUCUGGAGGACGAGGGCCAAUCAGCAGCACCGGGAGGGCCCUAUCGGCCAAUCAAGUACGCGGGAGGGACGGACAUUGUGUGGCGGGGGGAGAUUGAGCCAAUGCCGUUGCGACAAGUGGUGGUUCACGCCAUGGCUGUGUGGCUAGCUGGCAUGGCAGCAGAGGAGCUGAUGUUUGGCCGGGUUGACUACUUCACUCGAUCCGACGGCUGGUAUUCAUUCUCUGAUGACCUUGCAAAUGGCACCACAGAAGCAUCCCUACAUGCCUUUCUUGUUCCUCCUCUCCCCUCUCCCCCCUUACCUGCCCCAUCAGCUGCUGCGCUCGCCACGGCCUUUGCUCUCAUCGGCCGCGCUCCCGAGGACCUUAGAGCGUGGCCUGAACGCCUGGAGAUGAGAGGUGGACAGGACGGUCUGAGGGAAGGGGUGGAGGAAGGCAAAGCAGAAGCAGCAGCAGGAGCAGGAGAAAUGGGAGGAGCAGCAGUAGCAGCGACAGCAGCAGUGAGAAGGGUUGGGAGAGGUUUAGAGAUGCCUGGGAUGGGGGCGCACGAGCAGAGGGUGCUGCAGGUGGUGCGGGAGGCAAUGGCCCUGGCGUGCUGCACUCUCCGGCAGCAUGAGAGUGCUCUGCAUGCCAUUGCAUGGCGCCUCGUGGAUGCUGGGGAGGCGAGUGAGGGUGAGAUUGCUGCUGCUGUCGCCAGCUGUAACAAUGAGUACAAGGAUGUAGUCCCAACUCCAGCGGCUGCUGCGGCUGCAGGGUGA